AUGUCGGAAAUACGUUAUAAUUUUAAUCGAUAUAAAUCAGAAAUUGCCACCAGUGUUAAAGGACAAACUCCUAAAAACCUUCCUUUAGCCGGAUUUCGUGUUGUUGAUCUUACACGCAUUUUGGCUGGACCUUAUUGUACAAUGUUAUUGGGUGAUCUUGGUGCUGAAGUCAUCAAGAUUGAGAAUCCCAAACAUGGCGAUGAUUCCCGAACAUGGGGUCCCCCAUGGGCAAAUAAUAAAGAUCCUAACGAUAAGUCUAUUCCGGAAAGUGCAUAUUUUCUCGCCGUUAAUAGGAAUAAGAAAUCCAUUACUGUCAACUUUAAAACACAAUUGGGAGCUCAAAUUAUAAAGGAUUUAGUGAAAAAAAGCGAUAUAUUAGUGGAAAAUUAUGUUCCUGGAAAAUUAAGUAAGUUGGGAUUAGGUUAUGACGAAUUAAGUAAAAUUAAUCCAAAAUUGAUUUAUGCCUCAGUUACUGGUUAUGGUCAGACAGGUCCUUAUGCACAUCGUCAUGGAUAUGAUGUGAUGGUUGAGGCCGAAGCUGGUCUUAUGUAUAUUACUGGGGAGCGAGAUGGAGAACCAGUUAAAGUCGGAGUAGCGAUCAUAGGUCUUUAUACGCAUGGUGCUAUCAUGGCUGCAAUUUUAUCAAGAAUGCGAACAAAUCAGGGACAAAGAAUUGAUUGUUCUCUAAUUGAUUGUCAGGUUGCUUCAUUGGCAAACAUUGGUAGCAAUUAUCUCAUUGCUAAUCAAGAAGCCGAACGCAUGGGAAGUGCACAUCCUUCCAUCGCUCCAUAUCAAAAGUUUAAAACAAAAGAUAGUUAUAUGUUGAUUGGAGCUGGAAAUGAUCGUCAAUUCGAAAUUUUAUGUAAAUCCGUCAAAAGAGAAGAUUUAUUACAAGAUGAAAGAUUUAAAACAAAUUCAGAUCGCGUAAAAAAUCGAGAUGUGUUAUCUAGAUUGUUUGAGGAUAUAUUCAUUAAAAAGGAUACUGAACAUUGGCUAUCAAUUUUUUCUGAUAAAAGUAUUCCUUUCGCUCCAAUUAAUAAUAUUAAACAAACCUUUGAACACCCUCAAGUUAUUGCUCGAGAUAUGAUUCAGGAAGUGGAUCAUCCAAAAGCUGGAAAAAUUAAAUUAACAGGAAUACCUGUUAAAUAUAGCAAAGAUAAACCAAGUAUAAGAUUACCGCCUCCAACACUUGGACAGCAUACCCAUGAAGUUCUUACAAAUAUUUUAAAUUAUUCGAAAGAUAAAAUCAAAACUUUGAUUGAAGGAAAUGUUAUUGUUUAA